UUUGACACAAUUUAUUGACUGUCAACCAGUGAAAUUAUUAAACUUUUAUCUUUGCUCGAUCAUGGACAGUGAUAUUCAGCAAAAUAAGUCGAAAUUCGCACGCAAAACUGAUCUCGAAUUUAUUGGCAGUGUACUUGAGUACUGCAAUGUAAAUGUUGCACCAGAUGUACGAGCUUAUCUAGUGGAUCAUGCAUACACUUUGGCCCGAGAUCAGCUGCUUGCAGCUCGUUGCUUUGCCCGAUUCGCCAAUAAAUCCAGCGUUGAAGACGAAGAUAUACGAAUGGCCAGCUUGGAUACAACGGACGAGUUGAAAUUUGUGCCGACUUUGCUGCCACAGACGAAGCCGCCAGGGCAACAUUUGUCAGCACCAACUCCAGCAAUGGGAUUGUUGCUGCCACCUUGGCGCAACUGUCAGGUGGGCGUCAAUGCGCAGCUGAAGCAGUUCGAACUCGAAGCAAUGGAACGGAGUGAAUUAAUGGACACGGAUAAGAUGCCACGCCUGGGCCCAAAGAACACCCCCAGGGAAAAAUAAACAACUACUAAUUC